AUGGCCUACUACUCCACCCAUCCUAUUUCUCUUAUUGCUUUCUGUGUAGUCUCCACCGGUACAUUUUGGCUCACCAGAUAUAUCUGGAAGGGAUUAUCGGGUGGACCAAAGGCGCCUCUACCUCCUGGUCCACGCCUCCUCCCAGUUGUUGGUAGCCUAUUUGAUAUCGACGUCUCCGAACCGUGGCUCGCAUAUACACGCUGGGCUAAGAAAUACGGCGACAUCGUUCAUUUUCGUGUUCUUGGAAAAGAUCAUAUUGUCAUUAAUUCAGAAACAGUUGCAAGAGAGUUAUUGGAAAAACGUUCGAAGUCAUACUCUGAUCGUCCAAGCGUUGCUACAAAUCAUCUCUUUGGACUGGAUUUCAACACAGCGCUGUUGCCCUAUAGCGACCGAUGGAAAUCACACCGCAAAAUAUACCAUCAAACUUUUCGUCCCGAGUCCGUGGUUGUAUAUCGCGCAGUGCAAUUUCAGAAAGCGCACAUUCUUUUGUUGAGCCUACUCGAAUCUCCGGAUAACUUUAUGAUGCAUCUCCAAACGUAUGGAGCGUCUAUCAUCAUGUCAAUCGUGUAUGGCUACGAGAUUACACACCGCAAUGAUCCAGUAGUCGCCAAUAUACAGAAGGUGAUUCACUUAGCCGCGGAGGGAUUGACCCCUGAACGAGCUGCUCUCCUUGGCACUUUCCCCUUUCUCCGAAAUAUCCCUGCGUGGUUCCCAGGAGCGGCUUUUAAACGAAACGCUCUUGUAUGUCAAAAACUUGCACCCGAAGUAUUUGAUGCUCCUAUAGAACAUGCAAAGAAGAAUAUGGUAGACCCUUCUCCCAGCACGACGUCUGCCGAGUCCUUGGUCUCACAGAUACUGGCCCAAGCACCUGAUCAGAAGACAUUGCAAGCGAUGAAAGACUGCGCUGCCUCGUCAUUCUUAGAAUCUACUCUAUCCAUCUUUGUAUUGGCAAUGGUGCUUCACCCAGACGUCCAGGAGCGGGCCCAAAUGGAGAUUGAUACCGUUAUAGGAGAAGGAAGGCUUCCUGAUUCCAACGACAGGCCGUCAUUGCCCUACGUGGAGGCUCUUUUUCGCGAACUCUUCAGGUGGCACACUGCGGUGCCGUUGAGUGUUCCAACAGUGGCUGCGCAUGAAGAUGUUUUCAAUGGUUAUCUCAUUCCAAAAGGGGCUAUUAUAACAACAAAUCAAUGGGCAAUGGCCUACGAUGAGGAUAGAUACCCAGAUCCAUAUCGUUUUCACCCUGAAAGACACCUCACUGAGGACGGAAAACUUGCUACAGAUUCUGGGGCACCUGCCUUUGGAUUUGGGCGCCGCAUCUGCCCAGGCCGAUACAUCGGUGAUGCGUCGGUUUGGAUAGCACUGGCGUCCAUGCUAGCCUUGUUUCGAUUCGAGAAAGCAGUUGAUUCGGAGGGACAGAAAGUCGAGAUCGAGCCCGUAUUCGUCACAGGAGUAGCUCGCCACCUCCUUGCAUUCCCUUGCAGCAUCAAAUCCCGAUCCGCUGAAAGAGAAGAGCUUGUUAGAAGCUGCUUCGACGGGGCAACCAAUAAGGAUGUCUAACGAGACGUCUGUAAUUGUCAGAAGUUAGGCUUGUACGACUACGAUUGGCGCUUCUUGAAAAAAUAUACACACAACAAACCAUAUGGUGGUGGCAACGCAGUAGCAUGUAUUUCCAGAACAGUGAUAAUACAGGCAUCUUGGCGCUCACUAGUAGAAAUAAAAACAAAAU